AUGCCUUUCUCUGGAAUAGUUCUCUGCAUUGCUGCCGUGGUGUUCUUGAUCACUGCCUCGUAUGCAUUGUUGAGAGGGGCUCCCAAACGAGCAGUCCAGCGGGCAUCCUACCGUGCCGUAAUCGAUGCACAGGAGGAGCGCGAUUUACACCAUGAUCCCAUUGGCAGUCUGUGUCCUGGCGUGCGGCGUACCAUCGACUACUAUCGAUCCCUCUUUUUCAAACUGCACAACAUCGAAGAUCACCAAGGAAUACUACCCGAAGCCCGAGAGCUGCUUCUUUCCUUGCUUUCGGAAGCAAUCGCAUCCAAUCCUGAGAAAGACGGCGAUGUCCUUGCCAUUGAGGUCUACAACGAAGACCAAUUGCUCGCGUUUGUACAUGAGAGUCACAAAGAGGUCGGUAAAGCGUACAAAAAGUACACUGAGGGCCGGGAAGCGGGAGGCCCGCGGCUCCUCGCAAUAAAUCGCGAAAAAGCAGGGGUGAUAUUGACCCGGAUGGCACCUCUCAAGUUGGUGGACGGCGCAUGGCUGGGACAUAUUCAUCACAUCACCACGCCAUUUGAGCUUCGACCCAUCACGAAGCAGGUUUGGCAAGUGCUCUCUGAGGAGCUCGGCGAUGGGUCACUGCACCUCCAUCAUGCCCAUAUUUAUAACAAACUGUUGUGUGAUCUAGGAGUGCGCUUGCCGGCACCGUAUGAGCCAAGUUUCAUAGAUCCCGCGCACCAGAUGAAGAGCCUCGGAGCAUGGAAGGCGGCGGUUGUUCAGCUUCUUAUUUCACUAUUUCCCGACGAAUUCUUACCUGAGAUUUUGGGGUAUAACCUGCACUUUGAAGGGCUGAACCUAGAAACCAUGGUCUUGUCGAGAGAGCUUCAGGAACUCAAAUUAGAUGCGCAAUAUUUCCUUCUCCAUGUAUCCAUUGAUAAUGCCCAUUCUGGGCAUGCCAUGAUGGCUGCACAUACGGUCACGCAGUAUCUCUCCCACAUCCGGAAGAAUGAAGGGUCUCACGCAGCCAACACAGCGUGGAAGCGCAUUCAGGCGGGCUAUGUGCUGUCUGCAAAUCAGUCAAAACACGUUCAGAGGGAUAUAUCUUCGCUGUCGACAGAAAACGUCGACUGGAACCUGGGUUCAGAUGAGACUCUUACCCAGGAUGUUGAUACUUACAAUAUUGCACAACUGCUGGCAAGCAAGGCCGCCGUGUCGAACAUGUUGCAUUCCGGAUGUCGUGCCCGAAUUGGUGGAAUGCCGUUGGCCGAAUGGCUAGAAUCCAGCCUUGGUCAUUCCAAGAGCCAGAAGCGAGAUGCGCUCCGCGAGUUGGGCAAUGCUUCGCCAUGGGUUGUCAAGGGAGAUCCCGAACGUAGCAGGUUGAUCCGUGAGCUCAAAGUCGGGGGCAAGAUGUUUGGCGCAUUUACCGUGGAGGAAGUUGAGCAUUUGAAGAGUUGGAUCACGUCCCUGGGCGAGAAAGAGCAAGGACAGAAAGCGUAUUGGGAUUUUACAGGUCGAAGCCAAAACGACCAUGUUGGUCAUACCUCCCUGGUCACAACGCAUUCACCAUUGGCUUCAAUUCCAUUUUCUUCUGAUCUUACACUCGACGAAUCAGUCUUCGAAGCACCUUUGAAAUGCCACCAUAUAACCCCUAGCGAUUGCAAGGUAAUUUUGCCUUUAUGGUUUGCUCACAUAUCGCUCCUAGAGUCAGUGGUGAGCAUUCCAACACGUGUUGCCUCAGAGCUCGGGGCAGCCAUAAUUCGGGCUUUGCGAGCUCAGUACCACUUUAGUCCAGAAUCGGAUGGUGUUACUGGAAUGGACGAAGUCAAUCGAGCUAAUAUGCCAGAUCUGGUUGAUAUUGGUAUUGAUAUUAUCCAUCAUCAAAACUUUGCUCCUUUGCCAAGAUCCAUCUCUGACGUUCUGAGAGCGUGGCCUUCAACAUCUGCAGAGAUGCUAUUAAGUACAUCGAAGUCGCCCGUAAGGAACUUAGAUGUCCUCCUGGGGAUGUCGUUGGCCUUUUUAGGCCUCCAGCGGUCGGUCCUAUGUUCUCCUGGGCUUCUGUCCCAUAGCAGUCGGUCUGCUUUGAAGAACAUCAUUGAACGCGAAACCUCGUGCUUGCAAGUGGCGUAUGAGCUUCUCCGACAGGACAUUCAAAGAAUGCAAAGCUUUACCAAAGGUUAUCAAAUAGCCCAAAGCAUACUUUUGGAAGACCUUGGGAGCGGCCGAACAAUAUUAAUAACAGAAUAA